UGAUGAUUGCACAUGGUGAAAUAAUUGAAAUAAUUCUUUUUUUACUGCACUAGAAGUUAUUGUCUAUAUUUAUACGUUUUAACACUAUUUACCAUGUCAAAAGCUACAAAAAAGAAACAUGUCACGAAAGAAGUAUUAGACGACUUUGUUCUGCCUGAAGAAAAUGAAUUUAUUGUAAAGGUUACAGCUGGUAGAGGAAAUAAUUUACAUGAAGUUCAAAAUGCCACUGGUGAAAAAUUUCUCGUCAGUAUGCCAACUAAAUUUAGAAAGAAUGUGUGGAUAAAAAGAGGUGAUUUUAUUAUAGUAAAUCCUAUAGAAGAAGGAGAUCGAGUUAAGGCAGAAAUAGUAACAAUAUUAUAUAAAGAUCAAAUCAAAUAUAUUAAGCAAGAAGGAAAAUGGCCUGAACAAUUUAAUGAAGAAGAAAAUGAAGAUUUAAAAGAUGAUAUGUUACCACCGAGUGAUUCAGGGGAUUCCGAUGAUGAGAUUGGUGACAUGGUACGUAAUGUAAAUAGACCUCAAGUUUAUUAUGAAGAGGAUGAAUCAGACUCUGAUGAAGAUAGUGAGAAAGAGGAUGGAUAAUAUUCAACUGUUUAUUAGGGAUUUGACUUAUAUACAGGUCAGGAAAUAAUGUAAAUAUCAGGCAAAUUGACAAUGUAAGGGAUAUGAAUAACAACCAUGAAUAUAACCAAAGGAAAUUGAAUGACAGUCAUAAGAGAUAAUUUGCUUGACAAAGCUUAUUUCAAAGCUUGCUUGUACAGGACCAGUGUUUUGUUUUCUUGGAGUAUAGGAUACAUGAAGCUCACUGCAGAUAAAAUGCUGGAGUUAAUGGUGAUGUUAUAGAGAUGGUUGUCUUCUUUCUUUGAUAAUCAGUGCCAUAUAUAUGCCUUCUAUUAGAUUGCAAUUAAUUAAGUUAUCUAAUAUAACUUAAUGUGAUGCAGGUAUGCUACUUUGCCUGUAUAUUCCGGACAUGUUCUACACAAUUUUCCAAACGUUUGACCAAGAAUAUGUCCAAUCAGACAUCAAGAUAUGGUGAAUAAUAUUCAAAAUUCCAAAAUAUAUUGACUGUACUGAGUGUACAUGUACAUGUAUAACUACUACUCAUGUUGAUUAUGGACUAUGGUUUAUAAUAAUCUGGAUUGAUUAGGUAUUUAAGUGAUCAACCUAUACCUUGAUUAACUAAUUAUCAAUCCAUUCCUGAAAAGAAGUUGUUGCUUCUCCUUUGUUGGACUUUUAAUUAAAAACUCAGUCUAUGUGAUUACCGUGUGUUUUCUCCAUUGUCGGACAUUUUACUCUCCUUGAUGUCAGCUGACAGCAUGUAGAAACUAGUCAUAGAUAUCACAUAUUCUAAUAGUAUAUACCACCCUAAAUCAAUGGACAGUCAUUAUAACGUUCAAAACAGUGCUGGACUGGGCCCACCUGCCCACCUGUUCGUGACAGGUGGGCCUAAGCUCAUUAAAAAAAGUGGGCCUAAGCCUAUAAAGAAA